UAAAAACUAUCAGUGUAUCCGAUAUGAAAGGCUCCAUAAUUUCUGUUCAAUGGCUGAGCAAUGAUCAGUUUGCAGCUACAUUUCUUGAUUCUUCAGAUCCUAAAAAUCCACCUAAUGUAGUUAUAAUAAAUGCUUCAAAAUCUGGACAGAUUUAUAGUAUAAAUUAUGAUGAAGUUUGUUAUAGCUCAAGAAAUUGCACUCCAAAAUCAAUUUAUUUUAUACAUCAGCAAUCAUGGUCACUUUUGUUUGUACUUUCUGUGAAUAGUAUUGAAGUUGGUUUAUUAGCGGGUAUUAUUGCGCAAGAUGUUUGUAAUUGGGAACAAUGGUUUUUGGCGGAUGAUGCUAGAGCAGAACUUCCAUUAGUUGGAAGAUAUGAAUCCUUCAUGUGCGGUUAUGCUCUUGAUACUGGAAGCACUAAACAAAUUACUAUCGGUAAUAAUAAAACUUUACAACCAAUGCCAAUGUUACAUUUACUUACGGAUCAUGGUUUCCUAAUCAGUUUUGACGCCUUGAAUUUAAAAAAUGAUGCACCCUGUAUAUGCUCUCCUCCUGAACCUAUAAAAGAUGGCAGUGGUCUAUCUUCAUUCAUCAUUGAAAGCUCUACAGAAACACCAAACGCAAACACUCAAACAGCAACACAAGCUACUGCAGUUACUUCUCCUUCCAAAAAUGAGAAUUUGUUUACAAGCUCAGUUCCCAACCAAGAGCUAAAACCAAAUAUGACUGUGCAUUCCAGUGAAGAUUUUUCGUUUAUGAUUAAUAAUCCUGCAAUUACAUCCACACCAGCUAAGUCUAUUAAUACUUUGAAUCAGGAGCAUAAGGAAAAAUUAGCACUUUCAUUAUCUGUAAAGGCAAAUUUAGUAAUGGAUAAAACAAUAGGUUCGAAACCUCCAAUAGAAUCAAAACAGAGCUUAACAACACAAACUUUGUGCUCAAAAACAGAUGAUCAUGCUUUUAAUUUUACUGCAACAUCUCAAAAUCAAUUAAAAAUUGAAAAAUGUACAACAUUACAACCCAUAAAUCAAACAGCAGGAAGUACUCAAGAUGCUGUUUCCAGCCUGGAAAAGAAAUCAGAUGAAUUGGAGAAUUCAAAUGUGGAUGAAGACAGUGAGGAAAUUGAUGAAGAAUUCUUAAUCUGCUUCAAUUAG